UGUUCAAAGCCGGCAUGGCUGACCACCGACCCAUCAGAAAACCUAAAAAUAAACAAAAUAAUAACAAGACUUUCUCCAAGUCAAUCCCUUGUUUGUUUCUAUAUAUAUAUUUUAACCCUCCUUUCUUUUUUUUCUCUCAAUCCAAACACAUUUCGAUUCUCAUCUCUCUCUUUCUUUCUGAGAAAUGGGGAAUGCUCUAUCUCCAUGUUUCCAUUCAUCAAGGGUUUCAUCAGUGACGCUAAUCUUCUGUGAAGGAACCACAAGAAUUCUUACAGGGAAACACAUAGCAGGAGAGAUCAUGUUCGAGAAUCAAGACAAGAUUGUUUGCCAUGCAGAUUCUUUCUUCAUUGGUCACCCUCUCCCAUCCCUAGCCUUUGAUGAUGAGCUCAUACCAGGCCAAACCUACUUCGUCCUCCCAAUAGAUCGCAUCUCUUGCACCCAUGUCUUAUCAGCUGCUUCUCUCGCUGCCUUAACCCGCAACUCCUCAUCAAGCCCUAGACCUGCACCAAUCAGUUUUGGCGCUUGUGAUCCUUUUCAAUAUGUAAGGGCUGCAAAUGGCAGGAUUCUGGUAAAGGUGGCGCCUGAAUUCAUAAUAAGUCUUUUAAAAACAAGUAAAGAAGAAGAAGAAAAUGACAGCAGCUUCCUCUGUAGCACCCCAGAGCUGAAGAAGCACUAUCAACAGCUUGUUGGGUCUAGAGAACAAACAUGGUCUCCUAAGCUUGAGACAAUCUCAGAGUACAAAAUUAAGUAUCCUCCUCGCAGACUUUUAGGGUUAGAGUGGAAAUUAAAACAAGAGAAUGAUGCAUAAUCUAGUGUAAUAGAUCAUAUGUAGUUUUACUCUUUUUUUUUUUUUUUUUUUUUUUAUAAGAAUUUUAGU